AACCAAAACAAACCUCCAGAACUGUGGGAUCAUUUACAUUGAAUAAAAGUAAGAGCCGACUUCGGUCGGUAUAUAUUGUUGCAAAAGGGGAUUUGCAAAAGGGGACGAUACAGAGGGAGCUGGAAGAUCUUGUCUUAACUUGUACCAAACAUUAAUCGGAAGAAGUUCAUGUGUAUGGCCACUAAUAUUAAUAUUUAUGCAGUGAGUUAUAGUUGCUUGUGUAUGAAAGUAUGAACAAGUAUCAAACCAAACUUGUAGCCGGGACAGGCACUGGUGCAGCGCGUUUCAUCCAGGUGUUGACGGAACAAGUCGAUCCCUUAGGUGAUAAUACACAAGAUGAAUGGAAAGAACCGACAGAAGCCGUAAGUGUAAGCUGCGGAAAAGAUGAGAUGGAAUUCGGCCCAACACGAACAGAACUUGAAAACGUGCUAGCAAAUGCUAUUAAAAUUGAAAGCAGUGACUUCAAUGAAGAAAACAUUUCGCUUGAUGGGUUAAUGUCACCAAAGAGAAAAUACUCCGAAAACGAAGAAUCGGAGGACGAUUCCAGUAUCACAUCGAUGGCGCAAGAUUUUAGCGAAACUGUCACAGAAAUGCAUUAUCAAAGACAAACUGCCUUGAACAUCAACAAUCCUGUCAAGAAAAAAACGUUAGAACAAACACCACGCGCUUCAAAUUCACGCAUUAUCUCGUCAUCCACGGAUAAUAUUGGAAGACAUAUUGUCAGUGAAUCGCAAAACCGUAUCAAACAAUAUGUGGAUAAUGAAGAUUUCAAAAUGGAGCUUGACGGUGUCAAUAACAAACGUCGGCAAUCGCAAUACGAUGUAGUGUCUAACCAAGCGACACAGUUGCAAAUGUAUAAAGCCAGAAUAAGGGAAUUGGAGCAGGAAAAUCGAUACUUACAAGGGAUCAUAACAUCUAAAUUAGAUGUUAUUAUACAAAAUUCAGCAGAGCAAAACGAACAUAUAGAUAAAUUGGUUGCAAGAUCAAAGUCUACAUCUCAACCCGCGACUCAGAAAAGUCUUCACAAGACGGUAUUUAUGUUAAGGCCAUUGAACACUGAGGAGGAGUUGCAACAGCUAGAUGAAAUCGUUGGCACAAAUCCGACGUAUAGGGCGCAUGUUGUAGAAUACUUAAAACGUGAAUCCAACCGUACCGAUGUUGAAAAUUUACUACACGAUGCAAUUGAUUUGCUGUUUUGUAAAAGAUUUUUUGCUCGUAUGACUUGGACAGGAAUUAGUAGGACCGGAGCACCGAAGGUACAGUUAUGUAAAUAUGAAAACAUUAUUCGCCUAUUUCAAUUAGUUGGUGAAAGUGAGAGCGAAACACCUACUCUGCGUUAUAUAGUAGAGUAUUUAAAAAACAAGUUGAAACAUGCCAAAUCACGCAUUCAUAUACCCUUAACGAGAAAAACAUCCAGUCAUAAAAAAAUUAAAAAAACUACUUCCGAUAAUAUCGUAUGAUGCACAUGUUGUUAUCCUACAAUUUUAUCAAAACUGCCUUGUUGAGUUUAUAACAAAAAUCUCAUACAAAGUUUUUGAAUUUAUUGAUUUGCGAAUUCAGAAUAUUAACCUCAAGACAGUCAAUGCAAUGUGUAAUGGUUUCAAAUUCUCUUGACAGUGGUUCAAUGCAAACUUCCCUUGUUAAUUUUAAAUGUAAGCAGCAUUUUAAUUGUAAGAAGUAAAACAUACAUUUUGGAACUGUUAUACACCAAA